GUGCAGGGGCGGGCAGGGCCCCAGACAAUAUGGUUAAUGCACACAGUUUGGGCUCUGGGGCCUGGUAGACUUGGGAGGUCCCUGUGUCCCAAACUCAACCAGAUUAAUGGCUUCCAACUUUGUGGAUGUUUCCAAUGGAAGUGAUAAAGGACCCUAUUUAGGAUGGGAGAUAAGAAAGAUAAAGAUCCCUUGCUUGGUAUGGGAGAGGAAAAAUGACCAAAACCUACAGAAGACUGGGUAACCCCCAAAAGGUGAAGCAGAGACAGGAAGACGUUAUCAGAAUUUUAGAUGCUUACAAAAUAAAUUACGAAUUAAUAGAUAUUUCUAUCAGUUUGAAAAAACUUCAACAAAUGAGGAGGAAGGUUUCCAGCCCUAAGGCUCUACCACCUCAGAUAUUCAAUGACCAAGAAUAUUGUGGAGAUUUUGAAAUGUUUCACAAGGCAAAGGAAAACAAAGAGAUUCUCAAGUUCCUGAAGCUGGAGUAAAUGGGCAGUAAUGACACAAAAGAUCUUUACUGACAUGGAUCUGUGUAUAUUUCUAUGUACAUUUGUUACUUUUCAUUAUAACAAUAAAAAGCUUUCAUUAAAAUUAA